CAGCAGCCCAGCCUGGUGGCGUUCAUCCCUUCGACCCAAGGCUUUCCUUCUCCUUCAUCUGCACGCCCAUCGACGUCUCGACCAGCCAGCCAGCCCAUUGACCGACCAGCGAGCAGCCAUGUCCUCCCAGCCCUACGGACUUGAAUGGUUCAAGCCCGAGAAUCUUUACGACUACGCCGCCGUGGUCAUCGUUGUCGUCAGCAUCGGGCUCACGAACAAAAUCCACCCCUUUGAACGUCCCUUUGAUCCCAACGACCCGGACCUGUCGCAUCCGCACUGGAAGACCGACAUUGUACCAAUGGCCACGGCAUUUGCCGUCACCGUCGGCGUCCCCAUCGCCGUGGUCACCAUCUUUGCCGCCAUCAAGGCUGCUUACGGAGCGAGCGCCGUCGCAGGUCGAGGCCACAAGUGGGCGCUGGCCACGUUCCUGGUGACGGUCCAUGACUUUUGCCUGCCGUUUGUGCUGACGAUCGAGCUGACGUCGCUGUUUACGGACGUGGUCAAGAACUGGGCUGGCCGCCUGCGCCCGGACUUUUUGGAUCGAUGCAGAUGGAGCGCCGAGACCCAUGCCUGCACGGGUGACCCGGCUCUGAUCCUGGACGGGCGACGGUCGUUCUUUUCGGGCCACUCGAGCUUUUCGUUUGCAGGCUUUACCUUCCUGGCGCUCUAUCUCUCGGACGCACUCGGUAUCUUUGCCCACCAAACCAAGCCGCGCGGCCUGGCCUUCCGACUGACCCUGAUCAUCAUGCUGUUCCUGAUUCCAUCCUACAUUGCAAUCUCGAGGACCCAGCAGUACAUCCACCAUCCAACCGAUGUCAUGACCGGCUCGCUCUUUGGCGUGUUUAUGGCUGUCGUUGGCUACCGAGCCCACUUCAAGGCAAGACUGCCGAGCCACCAGCAGCAGCCCGAUCUGGCCGAUGUCGAGGGAGGCCGGCCCUCGGAGGAUUCUUUCAACUUUGACGACCGUCUCCGUCUGGUUUCGUAGAAUACAGCGCGCGGCCUUUCAGCCAGAGACUGGACCAUGUGCGGUACCGCAAGACAUCUUGUCCUGAUGACGGAGGGAGCAGGCCGACCGAAGCCACAGCAGGACGGGCAAUCUCGGCACCCAGUCCACAGCGCACGCUUUCGCUGUGCAAGUGCCGAUAUGCCCCUUUCUUCCGGCCAGCUGAGCCAGCUGCUCCUUUCUGCCGACGACGAGGCCAUCUGCUGACCUGCUUUGUGCAGGCAGCAGGCAGCAGGAAGCGACCCACACGGCGCCAACUUUGGAGGAGGGAGCAAUCAGUCCACCAGAGCCAGAGCCAGAGCCGCCGGCAUUGCACCAAGCACACCGUCGCGGCCGAUACCAGGCCAGCAGCCAACGGUCGUAUCAUCU